GCUGUGUCGAAGGGUGGUUCGCAAGCCAAGAGCGAGGGCACAACGCGAGCCCCCUUGGUCCCACGGGCGUGCGAGCCACGCGAAUCGCGGCAGCUUCACCUGGUUCCUUGAGCUUCGUGACAUUCACGACCAGAGUCGCGAGCCAGCUCCGGGAACCCACGGAUCACGGGAGAUGACAACUAGUCUGAGGUGGUGGAAUAAAGAUACCAUCAGGAACUGGAAUCUGUAUGAAGUCUUCCAUCACUGACUCAAGGUUCAUGCUCACAGUCUACAUGCUCUGAGAAACUAGAAACCCGAAUUAACCCAAAGUUGGCCCAGAAGACCUGUCUGAAAUGUGGUGGUUUCAGCAAGGCCUCAGCUUCCUUCCAUCGGCCCUUGUAAUUUGGACAUUUGCUACCUUCAUAUUCUCAUAUAUCACUGCAAUAACACUUCAUCAUGUUGACCCUGCAUUGCCUUAUAUCAGGGUAUCUGGUGUAAGAACCCUACAUACUCUCUCUUUGUCUUUCAGUGACACAGGGACAAUACCUCCUGAAAGAUGCCUCUUUGGAGUAAUGCUAAAUAUUGCUGCAGUUUUAGGCAUUGCUACCAUGUAUGUUCGUUACAAGCAAGUUCAUGCACUGAACCCUGAAGAGAACCUUAUCAUCAAAUUAAACAAGGCUGGCCUUGUACUUGGGAUACUGAGUUGUUUAGGACUUUCUCUUGUGGCAAAUUUCCAGAAAUCAACACUAUUUAUUGUACAUGUAUGUGGAGCUGCCCUUGCCUUUAGUAUGGGCUCAUUUUACAUGUUUGUUCAGACCAUCCUUUCCUACCUAAUGCAGCCCAAAAUUCACAGCAAACAAAUCUUCUGGGUCCGACUCCUGUUGGUUAUCUGGUGUGGAGUAAGUGCGCUUAGCAUGAUGACUUGCUCAUCAAUUUUGUACAGUAGUGAUUUUGGUCCUGAUCUAAUACAGAAACUACACUGGAACCCGGAGGACAAAGGUUAUGUGCUUCACCUGGUUACUACUGCAGCAGAAUGGUCCAUGUCAUUUUCCUUUUUUGGAUUUUUCCUGACUUAUAUUCGUGAUUUUCAGAAAAUUACUUUACGGGUGGAAGCCAAUUUACAUGGAUUAACCCUCUAUGACACUGUUCCUUGCCCUGUUACCAAUGAAAGAACACCACUGCUUUCCAGAGAUUUUCAGUGAAUGGAUAUAAGUCUUCUGUGAUGAUUGUGAUUCUCAGGGACUGAGAAAAGAUGCACAAAAGUUGCUUAUUAUACUGUGAAAAUUUGAAUCAAUUAAUCAAGGCUGACAGUGACAUUAAUGAAAGAUGAUAUCAGGAAAAAUGUAAUAAGCCAUCUGAUAAGUUGUCUUAAAGGAUGUUGUUAAGAAGCCCAUUUAAAAACAUGUCUAGACUUUUUAUAUCCAGAAAAUAAAACCAAAGGAUAUCAUGAAAGCCUGAAGUACACCGAGUAGUCUCUAUACUUGGCCUUAAACAUAUUAUGUUAUUUUAAAAGCGUCUUUUGUUAGGAGUACUUUUAUGAGAGACAUUUUCUGUGGCCCACAGUAAUCAGCAUUGGUAACCAAAUCAUUUGGAAUCAGGGCUUAAAACUGAAGUUUUAUUAUAUUAAUACAUUUCUUACAGUGUUUAAAAAUGUGUUGUUGUUGUUGUUGUUGUUGUUGAAUCUUUUCUGUAAAUAGGAGCCUGUCUGAAAUAAUCUGAGUUCUUUGAUGGCUUAAAUUUUGCCUCCCUGCACCCCCAAACAGACACAAAAUCAAUGGGUAUUUAUUUUAUUCUGACCACAUGAAUAUUAACAGAUCUAUCAUAUAUGCUUAUAAUUUCAUCAAGUCUGGUUUCUGAGAUUAGAAUUUUUAAUUUGCUACCAUUUUGUUCUUUAUAAAAUAAAGGUUACGGCUGAUGACAUUGCUCAGUAGUGUAAAUUACUUGCUGCUAACCCUGACUAUAUGAGUUCAAUAUGUAGGAUCCACAUAGUCAAAAGAAAGAAAAGACUCCUACCAGUUAUCCUUUGGCCUUGACCUCCAUAUGCAUAUACACAUACACAAUAAGUAAAUGUGAUAAGAGAAAUAAAGAUUAAUGUUCCUAAAUAAGAUUGCAAAGUCUGUAAACAAAAGGAAAUAUGAUUAUUAACAUAAAAAUUACUCUAUAUUAUAGUCAGGAUCUUUGAUUUUUCAUUUAGAGAAAUUUAUAAUUAGUAGUAAAAUUAGUUUUGAGCAGAUAUUUAGUCUUUUUAUUAGAAUGUGAUCCUUUUAAAACCUAAAUCUGAAGAAGAAACUGAAAUCCAAAAUUAAAUUCUGAAUCUUUUUCUCUUGUCAUGCAAAUGAUUAUGAAGUUUCAAUUUAGAUUCUCUGUAUAAAUAAAGGAUGGUUAUAUGGGAUGGUUUCUAGAUGCCUACUAGGAUUAAAAAGAAGGAAAUGUUGACCUAAAUAAUAUCUGGGAUCAAAUUAGUUUGUAAAAUAAUCCUUGAUGAAUACUAACAUAAUUUAUAUUUUUAGAAGAAAUGGAGCUGAAACCAGAAGAAAAAAUGGGAAGCAAAAGUUUAAAAUAUAUCAAGAAGGAAUUUAAGGAAAACCGUUUAAAUGGUGGAGAUGUAGACUUCAAUUCUAAGUUUUUGAAUCUCAAAUUUCAUAACAGUAUUUGAAGAAAUAUCUUAGAUUAGUAGAGAAAUAGAGUAUUUACCUAUGGGAAGCUACAGUCAACAAUUUAGUAAAGAUUGAUUGAUUGAUUGAUGUCGUUACUACUAGAAAAAAUUGCAUACAGAUUAUGAUUAAAUCCUUUAAAAAAGAAUGAUGUAACCACAUAUGGAAAAUAUCUUUUUCUAUAGUUUUCUCUCUACCAAUAAUUUAAGUUAUGAAGCAUCCAUGGUAUUAUGAGAAGUAAAUAAUACUAAGUAAUAAUUCCUAGAGUGGAAAUUCUUGAAAGCAAAUCCCUUGCCAGUUCUGCCAAAGGCAGGUAUGGAGUAACAGAUGAAAAUGUUUGUUUGUUUGUUUGUUUUUUAAUUUUCAGAGUUUAUUGGAGAAUUCUUCCAAGUAUUUAGGUUAUAUGUAAAACUAAACCGUACAUAGACACUUUAAAAAAGAAAACACACAGUCAACUGUGGUCUAAAAACAUUAAAUGAAUAAUACUAGAACUCCUCAAUUGGUAAGUUUUAAUUGAGUCUUUUAAUGAAAUCUUGUAUCAUGUCACCUGACCUGUGAAUCAUCCCUUUGUCCCUGAGUCAUGCUACCUUUAGUGGCGUCCCACUUGUCAAAUACAGUGCUGUGAUUGAGAAACUCUUUUUCUUUACUGGAUGUGGCUCAAAACUACAAAUGCAGUAAUGCUGGCAAUGUAGAUAUGCUAAAGAAAAGCCAUAAAUUAAGUCUUUCAUAUAAAACCUCAUAUAAAAGUUCAUGACUUAAUGCUGAAGGAAAAACUAUCAUAUGCUGAAGUUGGGAGGAACUAACAGUUAUAGCUACAUUACAUGGCUUUAAGUAAAAGAAGCUAGAAAUUUGUGUACGUAUAUGUAUGCAUACAUGUAUACACACACACACACACACAUGGUUUAGUUAUACACUAUUUUCAGUUGUGUAAUGGAAAUCUUGGAAUGUAUCCCUAAAGGAUGAGGGGUGUUACUAAUUAUAAAAUAAAAGUGGCUUUUAUUUUGUUCUUUGCAUUUUUCUUUGUUUUAAACUUUUUCUUUGAAAUAAUUAUGUACACUGUAGGAAGUUGCUAAAAUAGUAUGAUAUCCCAUUCACUUUUCACCUGUUUUCCUCAGUUGUAAUAAUUAAUGUAACGAUGGUAAAAUAUUGGAAUUAGGAAAUUGCCAAUGACAAUAUAAUCUUAUCUAGGUUAUAUAAGCCCAUGUUUACCAUGUACGUGUGUUUAUAGUUUUGUGACAGUUUAUUUCAUUUGUAUAAUGUAUGACCACAUUUAACAUACAGAACUUUGUAUUGUCACAAAGAAAAUCCUUCACACUAACCCUUUUUAAUCCAUUCAUACAGUCUCAUAUCUAAGCACUUGAAAACACUAAUCUCUUUACAUCCAUGGUUUUUCCGUUUCAGGAAUAUAGUAUAGAAUUAUAUGUCAUAUAAUCCUCUGAAAUUGACUCUACAUUACACGUAGUGCCUUUUGAUUCAUCAACCAGUUAAUGUAGCAUUGGUUCCUGUUGUAUUUACAAAUGAAAUUCUAUUGUAUAGUGUGUGCCAGACUAUUUAAUGGUCAUCCAUUGGAGCAUAUUUGGGCUACUCUCAAUUUUCAAUUCUUAUUGGUACAAGGCUUUGUGUCAAUGUCAACUUUAAUUUCUUUAAUAAGAAAUACCCAAGACUGAGCAUUAGCAUACAUAACAAGUGUACAUUUAGUUAUUUUUCAAAUUGCUGGAGUGUUUUCUUGAGUACUAAUGAUACCAACUUACAUUUCAUAGCUAACAAGUAAGUCUUUAUCAUCCUUUGAUGAUAUUGACACUUUUUAAUUUUAGGUAUUUUAAAUAAUUCUAAAGUAUUGUCUUGAAUUUAACUGGCAUUUCCUCAUAGAUAAAGA